AUGGACCGCUGCCCUUCCUACGCCAGCUUCUUUGGCGCCAUGGGAUGCGCCUUUGCCAUUGUUUUCGCCACAUUCGGUGCGGCAUACGGCACGGCCAAACCCGCUGCCGGCAUCUUCUCAUCUGGCAUCCUUCGUCCUGAGCGUCUUGUGCCCAACACGCUCUGUGCAGUCAUGGCUCAGAUCUUGUCCAUCUACGGCCUAGUUUGCUGUGUCGUCAUGAUACCCAGCCUCAACGAGAAGAUGGCUCUCCACACUGCCUUUUUGCAGCUUGGCGGCGGCCUUGCUGUCGGUCUUUGUGCUUUGGCCGCCGGCUUUUCCAUCGGCAUCGUCGGCGACGCCGGAGUCCGUGCCAGUUCCCAGCAGCCUCGUCUGUAUAUGGGAAUGGUCCUUAUUCUCAUAUUUUCAGAAGUUCUGGGGCUCUACGGUUUUGUCAUCUCGCUUUUGAUGAUAACCAAGUCCAAGUCCGAUGUGACCAGGUGUAUUUAUUAG